UUUAAUGUGUACUUGAUAGAAAAAAUCAAAAAAUUAUGGAUUAAUUUCAAUUAGAGUAAAGAGACGGUGGCUAGAAGGAAGUGGAGCUCGGAUCCGGGUCAAGUUACCGGAGACAGGGAGGGACUCACGGCCAGGCAUUCCGGCGUUACCGAAAACUUCGCUUCUCUUUCGGUGGCUCCAAAUCUUCAAUCGGAGCUAACGAAUCCUGAUCGAAAACCUAGAGCCUCCGUCGGAUCUUCGGUGGCUCUCUCAGCCGCUUUGCUCCACCGCGAUUCUUCCCCAAGUUUAUCUUAUGGCGGAACCACCAAAGCUUAGGGUUUUAAUGGUCUCUGAUUUCUUCUUCCCAAACUUUGGUGGUGUCGAGAAUCACAUCUAUUAUCUCUCUCAAUGCUUGUUAAAGCUCGGUCACAAGGUGGUGGUUAUGACACAUGCUUAUGGGAACCGUUCUGGAGUUCGAUACAUGACUGGUGGACUCAAAGUCUAUUAUGUACCUUGGAGACCUUUUGUUAUGCAGACUACAUUUCCGACGGUCUAUGGAACACUUCCCAUUGUGAGGACUAUACUUCGACGCGAGAAAAUCACGGUGGUUCAUGGACAUCAAGCUUUCUCUACGCUUUGUCAUGAAGCUUUAAUGCAUGCCAGGACAAUGGGCUAUAAAGUUGUGUUCACAGAUCAUUCCUUGUACGGUUUUGCUGAUGUUGGGAGUAUCCAUAUGAACAAGGUUUUACAGUUUAGUUUAGCAGAUAUAGACCAGGCGAUUUGUGUUUCACACACGAGCAAGGAGAAUACUGUUCUAAGGUCUGGAUUGUCCCCAGCAAAGGUUUUUAUGAUACCAAAUGCUGUUGAUACUGCUAUGUUCAAGCCCGCUUCUGUUCGACCCAGUACUGAUAUCAUCACUAUAGUUGUCAUAAGUAGAUUGGUUUAUCGGAAAGGUGCUGAUUUGCUCGUUGAAGUCAUUCCAGAAGUAUGCCGUUUAUACCCGAAUGUUCGUUUUGUAGUUGGAGGGGAUGGACCUAAACAUGUGCGACUCGAGGAAAUGAGAGAGAAGCAUUCUCUCCAAGAUAGAGUCGAAAUGUUGGGUGCAGUUCCGCAUUCUCGUGUGCGCUCUGUUUUGGUGACCGGUCAUAUUUUUCUUAACAGUUCUUUAACAGAAGCCUUCUGCAUAGCUAUAUUAGAGGCGGCUAGUUGCGGAUUAUUAACUGUUAGCACUCGUGUUGGAGGUGUCCCAGAGGUCCUACCAGAUGACAUGGUUGUACUUGCUGAACCAGAUCCUAAUGAUAUGGUACGAGCAAUUGAGAAGGCAAUAUCAAUACUCCCAAGUAUUAACCCCGAGGAUAUGCACAAUCGAAUGAAGAAGCUCUACAGUUGGCAAGAUGUUGCUAAAAGAACUGAGAUUGUGUACGAUCGUGCCUUGAAGUGUUCAAAUAGGAGUCUUCUAGAACGUCUAUCACGGUUCCUCUCGUGUGGAGCUUGGGCAGGGAAGCUAUUUUGUAUGGUUAUGAUCCUCGAUUACUUGCUUUGGCGGUUACUUCAGUUACUACAGCCUGAUGAAGAUAUCGAGGAGGCACCCGAUAUCCGUCUUUGCGAUCAGCGAGACGUCGAGGUAUCUGAGGGUCUCAAGGAAGAAGAUAAAGUGAGAAAUGGGUGACUCAAGUUCAUCUCCAUCGAUUCAUUGUUUUUUAGGACAGAAGUAACUUAUUAUCUAUACAGUUUUCAGAUUUUUUCUAGUAAAUUCUUGUCUUUCCCAAACGGAAAAUAUCUAUGAAAAAGGAGAGACGAUGAUGAAGCAAAGAGUUCAUUCGCCAUGAAAAAUAAUGAUUACUUUUGAGUAUUAUAACAUUACACUUUAGAGGAAA